UGAAGAGAGGAGUGCGCCCCAAAACAGGACUUUCGCUUUUAUGCGUGGAGUGGUAUUUUUUUGUAAUAUUUAUGCUAUCGUAUACUAUUUUGGCGGGAUGUCAUUGAUAUAUUGAAGAUAACUUAAUUUCCUGCGUGGAGGAUAACCAUACCGGUAUAAUUUAUUGUACAAUAUAUUUGAUUAUUACGUCAGACUUGACUUUACAGUGAACCAGUUGUGUUUACAUCAGUUCUGUGGAAAGCAUCUUGCUGGCAGAGGAGACCCAACACAACCAAAUUAAACAGCAGUUGCUGAAAAUGUUCCCUAAGGAUGGAUGUCUGGCUGUGUGUACAGUGAUAUUUAUGCUGCUGUCAUCAAGUGAGGCUAGAGACCAUGGGGCUGCACAUAAAUGUGGCUUUUGAAGCAACCCAGUUUGCAUCAGUGGAGGAAGGAGGCCGUCAGAGAGCAAGCAUGCCCUUUCUUGGAAUCGCUGCAGAAAUAUAGAGGUCCACCGUGGGUGAGUCGUCAGGUGGAGGAGCGUCAGAUGGCCAGGCUGGGACGGACGGUGCGUCUUGUGUGCCCCGUAGAGGGUGACCCUCCUCCCCUGGUGCUGUGGGUGAAGGACGGGCGUAACGUCCACCCAGGCUGGAGCCGCUACCGGGUGCUGAAACAGAGCUUGAAGAUCAAAGAGGUGGAGCUGGGAGACGCAGGGGUGUACGUGUGCCGCGCCACCAACGGCUUCGGAAGUAUCAUUCUCAACUACACCCUCAUCAUCAUGGAUGACACAGCAGCGAGCCAAACCGACGCUCCACCUGCCGUAUUGGAACCCAAUGCUGAGCUCACCCAGCCUGACCCUACAGGAGAGCCCUGGGUGAAGCCUCGGUUUAGCCAGCCCACUAAGAUGCGCAGGCGGGUGCUGUACAAGCCGGUGGGGAGCUCAGUGAGGUUCAAGUGCCAGGCCAGCGGCACCCCUCCCCCCGUCAUCACCUGGUGGAAGGACCAGACUCCUCUGCCACCCCCGCGCCAGGGCAAGCGCCCCCAGUGGACCCUCACCCUGAAGAACCUGCAGCCCCAGGACAGUGCCAAGUACACCUGCCACGUCUCCAACCCAGCCGGGCACAUCAACGCCACCUACAAGCUGGAUGUCAUCGAGCGCUCUCACUGCAAGCCUGUUCUGACCGGCACCCACCCGGUCAACACCACUGUGGAGUAUGGCGGCACCGCCUCCUUCCAGUGUAAGGUCCACAGUGACGUGAAGCCCGUGGUCCAGUGGCUGAAGAGGGUGGACCCAGGCACAGAGGACCGCUAUAACUCCACCCUGGAAGUCGGAGGGCAGCAUUUCGUGGUUCUGCCCACAGGGGAUGUGUGGUCCCGGCCCGACGGCUCCUACCUCAACAAGCUGGCUAUCGUCAAGGCCCGUGAUGAGGAUGCUGGGAUGUACAUCUGCCUGGGAGCUAACACUAUGGGUUACAGCUUCCGCAGUGCUUACCUCACCGUGCUGCCAGACCCUCAGGUGGAGAACACAGUGACUCCUCCACACCUGAGCUCCGGCCUGCCCUGGCCUCUGAUUAUCGGCAUCCCUGCAGCAGCCCUCCUCAUCGUAGGCACCAUUGUACUCUGGCUGUGCCACAGCCGCCGACGCCACAACACCCUGCCCCCCCGUCCGAUGACCAUGGCCCACCGAGACCACCACAUCUCGGACAAAGAGCCCAGCACCACCACCCCCUGUAGUGCCCUGACUAGCCCUGACUACCCCAGCCAGAGACUGGUGGGCCUGGGAAGCCCCGGCCUCAGUGGGCCCCCUAAGAUCUACUCCAACAUUUACACAGACAUGCACACGCACACACACUCCCACGCCCAUGUGGAUGGUAAGGUCCAUCAACACCAGCAUUUCCACUACCAGUGCUAACCAGCCCCCUCUCAUCCCACCCCACACCUAGCCACUGCUGCUAUUCUCACCCAACAAUGGACUAUGAGCAAGGUAGAUGGAAACAAGGAAAGGCUUGUAGUUCAUAUGAACUACACCUCCCAUGAUAAGCAAUGCUAAAACACCAUACAGUGGCAAAACCCUUACCAGGUUGGAUCCUGGGAUACGCAUAUUACUAAGCUGCCUGCUUUGGAGGAAUACUGCUUCAUUGAGAAGUCUCAGGGCAAGAAAUACCCUCUCACAUGUGAGUCAUUUCUUUGUUAUGUGUUUUUUUUUAUACCAGUCAACCAAGAUCAAACUCUAAUUGUAUUUUAAAGGAUGAAAAUAUGACUUUAAAAAUACGAUUUAGAUGUCUUUGGAUAUAUAAUAAUAAUAUGCCAUUUAGCAGACACUUUUAUCCAAAGCGACUUACAGUCAUGCGUGCAUACA